ACGUAUGGUGGCAUUACAGCAGUCCAACAUGGAGGUGACUGCAGCUCGCCGUUCGUUUCUUUGCGACAUUGGUUUCUGGGCAGACCACACUGCCCUGCACAUGGCCGCCUCUCAGGGCAGAGUGCUACAGCUGAAGCAGCUGAUUGAGGGCGGAGCCUCAGUCAACAUGGUAACGGUGGACAACAUCACUCCUCUCCAUGAGGCCUGUCUGCGGGGUCACCUGACGUGUGCGCGGCUGCUGCUGGAGGCCGGAGCUCAGGUGGAUGUACGCACCAUCCACGGCAGCACCCCUCUCUGUCACGCCUGUAGCUCCGGCAGCCUGGAGUGUGCCGAGCUGCUGCUGGAGCAUGGAGCCAACGUUAACCCGUCCCUCACAGCUCUGACCGCCUCACCACUGCAUGAAGCCUGCAUCCACGGUAAUGUCGAGGUGGCGAGGUUGAUGAUAGCCAGCGGUGCCCAGCUGGAGGCGUACGAUGUCCACUUUGGUCCACCGCUCCACAUCGCAUGUGCUAAAGGACGUGUGGACUGUGUCAGGGAGCUGCUUAUUGCAGGUGCAAAUGUGAAUUCAGUGAAGUUCCACGAGACAGCGUUACACCAUGCGGCGCAAAUCGACAGCGUGGACAUGAUCGAGCUGCUGAUAGAGUUUGGAGCCAACGUGCAAGCCAGUGACAACGUGGAUAGAAAACCUGUGGACUACACCAUGCCUGCGACCCCUUCACACUCCUGCCUUCUGUAUUACCAAAGUCACCCUCUGAGUCUUCAGCAGCUGUGUAGGAUCACGGUGAGGAAGACGCUGGGCACCAGAGCCUCAGAGGCCAUAGGUCAGCUGACCGUAUCCCGCCGCAUCCACAGCUACCUGCAGUACUGUGACCAUCCCAUAUCACCACAGAGCAACACAUGAGUGGAUUCCUUCACUGGCAUUAGAGACUGGUGUUUUAUAACAUUUGAUUUAUUUUAUUUUAUUUUUUUUAAAGUGAUAGUUCAGGUUUUUUGAAGUGUAGUCGUUUGAGGUACUGACACCUCAUCAGUGCUGUCUUUGCUGAGUGUGCUGUCAGUGACAUACUGAGACAUACUGUCGAUGCUUCCUCUCACUGAAAUCAUUGCCUGCUUAAGUCUGUAGUCACCUCCGCACCAACAGCCCUGUGAGCUAAAAACACUGAUUUUCUUUGGUAUGGGAGAGUAAGAGGUUUACAAACUGCUUCUCAGUGCUGACGGCACACUUGCUUAAGUCAGGUUCUGCAAACUACAUCAGCUUUAUUCAGCGACUGGAGGUUGUCAAAUGCGUCAGUGGCACGACUAGGACCUUGUGGAUCUCUCACACCAGAACGUUGGCGAUGAAAAUGAUUGCUUAUCGUCAGGGAGAGGUUUGUUUCUUUCAGCUUUACUGAGGUGAACUAUCAAAUAUGGAAUGUAACAAUAUGAAAACAUGCAAAAACAGACAAACAUGCAAACAAGCACUUAUUCAAAUCACAUUGUACAAAGGGGGUAUAGGUGAAAUAAUAAAUAUUAUGAUAUGGGACAAAUUGAACAUAAAGAAGUUGGACAGACUGGACAGACUGCUCAAAAUUAUUGUGGGUCAAAUGUUCUAAAUUUAGUCCAACAAAAAAACUUAACUAUUCCUUUAAAUUAUAUUAAUCAAAACAAUAUCAGUUUAAUUAUAUAAAGUGGUUAUUCUGAUAUUAUAAUUAUAAUUCUGAUAAUAAAUGUUGCA